UUCACUUUGUUGGUCCUCCAGUAUCCCACAAUGCACCGGUGCCGUGCUCCGUGUCCACGUCAAAGCUGACAGCGGACCCUAGCCGAUAAUGGCUGCAGUUGAGGUGGCACUUUUGGCUCUUUAGACCGGCCAUAAACUGCUGACUACGGAACUAAAAGUGUCCUAAAAAAUGCAGACUCCAGUAAAAUGCCCAACUCAAAGGUAAAAGCUGCCCGGCUUUGAAAUAAUGUCGCGUAUCUCGCUUGUCUUGACGGAUUCCUUCAGACGAACGACCAGCUGUUGUUAGCUGGGGGUUUUGUGCUAGCUAAUUGGACGUGUGUCAGCCUGCUAAGUCACUUUGCUGCCAACCCAAAAAGUGUGUUUUUAUUUUUUUAAAGAUAACAGUUUUUGCGUGGAUUUGUAGCAACAGUGGAGCUUAAUGACGAAACUCGCUUCGUCGUAUUUCAACUCAGAGAGAGGCUAGCUCCCACGUACCCCUCGGCCCUUCUUUGUUUUUGUUUGUUUUUCACUGCCUCUGAGGAUGUCAUCCUGGCUGGGUGGAAUUGGGUCUGGCCUCGGCCAGUCUCUGGGCCAGGUCGGCGGGAGCCUGUCAACUUUCACCGGGCAAAUCUCAAACUUCACCAAAGACAUGCUGCUGGAAGGGGUGGAAGAGGUCGGCGAUGCUGCCACAGAACUUCAGGUGUCCAAUUCCAAGUUGGCUGAAGUUGAAGCUGCAUUUAUUGCACAGAAAUCUGAGUAUGACAGGUUGCGGAAGCUGCACGCAGAGCUGGAGGAAAAGCUGGAGGCAUCGGAAAUCCAGAUUAAACAGCAGUCAUCAGAAUACAGAACCCUUCUGCAACAGAAAGACGUGGAGAUCAGUCACCUGAAAGCUCGGCAGAGCGGACUCCAAGAAGAAGUCCAGAAGCUGCAGCACUCCGCCCAGUCCUCGUCGGGCGGCCCGGCGGUAUUGCCUGCUGCCACUACCUCUUCGACCACUACCUCCUCCUCUGCUUCCACAUUCCUGACACGCCCCUCAGGGUCUCAUCAGGGCUUCCACGGCGACGAGGUCGACAUCAGUGACGUUCUUUGGUCGCAGCAGGAAAUCAACAGGCUGUCCUCAGAAGUCAUGCGUCUGGAGGCAGAGGUGUCACACUGGAGAAGAGUGUCUCAGGCCACGUCAGCGACAGGAGAUGGAAAUGGGGACCAGGGGGAGAUUGUCAAACUUCAAAGGACUAUUAAGGAUCUGCGAGAUGAGAUGAGCCGUGAGGUGGACGAACACCAGCAUGAGCUUGCUGCUCUGCAGGACGUCCAUCGGCAAAAGAUGGCCGACGUCACCCGGCGUCACAGAGAGGAGCUAACAGAAUACGAGGAGAGGAUAGAAGAGCUGGAGGAACAGAUUCACAGCGGAGGCAGCCAAGUCAGCUCCUCAUCCGAUGGCCCCAAACUGCUGGAGUACCAGAAAACCAUCCAGUCUUUGCAGGAAGCGGCAGAGCAGCGUGAGAAGCAAAUGGCCGAGUUGGCCGCUCAUCUGGAGGAGGCUCAGAGGACACAGGGCUCGCUGCAGCUAGAGAAGGACGACGCUCAGCAGGAGAACGUAGGGCUGCUGCAGAACUACUCACGGCUGCAGGCCUCAGUGGCAGAGCUCCAGACACGGGUGCAAGAACAGCAGGGGAAGGCUCUGCAAAAAGCUCAGCUGGAGCACGAGAUCCAAACAUUAAGGAAUAAUCUUGCAGCUGCAGAAACAGAAAUGGAAAGACUGAGGCUCCUGGCUGCGGCUGAUCCAAAGGAGGAAGUGGAGCAUGCUGACAUCUUAGAACUGAACACCAUUAUUGGAACUCUGAGACAAGAAAAGGAGGAGCUAGAGGAGGAAAAGCUCAAUCUGCAACAUAAACUGAAAGUGGCAGAAGAACAAAUGGUGAGCAGCAAAGGAGCCGAAUGUGAAGUGGAGUCUCUGGAUGAUCUAAAGGCAGAGCUGGAGAGGAGAGAAAAGCUCCUGAGAGCCACUGAGCAGGAACGAGACACGUUGAUGUCUGAGCUGGAGGAACUAGACCAACAAAACCAAGAAGCAACAAAGCAUGUGAUUUCGGUGAAAGAGCAGCUCUCUGUACAGUUGAGGGAAGCUGAGAGUGAACUGACAAGAGUGACCGCUGAGCUUAACGCAACCAAAGACCAGAACAGGACACUGGAGCAAGAACUGGAGACGCAGAAAGCAAAAAACAGCCAGAGUGCAUUCACCCUGAAUGAUCUGCAUAUGGGCAAACAGCAGCUGGAGAGGAUGGUGAAGGAGCUGAAAGACAAACUGGGACGCGCACAGGAGCUGAGCCGGGACGCUCGCGAGGAAGCUGCAGAGCUGAAGAAGACGCUGCAGGAGAAAGAGGAGAAGUUGAGUGCCCUUAAAGCGGAGCAGGAUCGUGGAGGGGAGAAAGGAACUGAGUCACAAAGAGACUCUGAGCUCUUGGAAGCGAAGGAGAAGGAGUUGCUGGAGCUCAAGAGAGAACUGGAUGAGAUAAAGAGCUCUUAUGAGAGAGUUUUGUCUGAGGAGUAUGAAGUGAAGAUGGAGAAGACGAGGUUGAGGGAGGAGAGUGCAAAUGCCCUGAGUAAAGUGGACGAACUAACCAAGCAACUGAAAGAGAACCAGGCUGCCGUGAACAGGACUGUGAGGGAGAAGGACACUCGUAUUGAGGCUUUAAAGCUGGAGAAAAAUCAGCUUGAAGACGAACUGUCGCGGGCCGAGAGGACGCUGACAGAGCAGGCGAAACAGUACCAGCAGACCAUCGAGGAGCUGACCCGAGCCCGCUCCAUGGAUGCCUCGGCCUUACAGACCGAGCACGAGUCUGCAAUCAAACUGAACCAGGAGAAAGAUCUGGAGAUUUCCAAGCUGAGAAGAGACAUGGAGCAGCUGGUGUCCGACCACAGAGACACCAACGAGAUGCUUUCCAUCACCGUCGCGGGACAGAAGCAGCUGACGGAUCUGCUGCAGGAGAAGGAUGUGUUUGUUGAGACUUUAAAGCAAAACGCUGCUGAUUUGCAAACGGAGAUGGAGACCAGCAUGUCAGUUAUGAACAAGGACGCUGAGAUACUCAAGCAAGCCCUGGAGGAAAAGGAUAAACAUCUGGGCGCCAUGAAGGAAGAUAACAGCCAUUUGAAAGAGGAGAUCGAUCGCCUCAGGGAUCAGCAAAGCAGAGCUCAACCUCUGGCCGAGCCCAAGACCUUGGACAUUAUCACCGAGCUGGAGACCGAGAUCACCCAGCUCAAGUCGUCCAGGAAUCGCCUGGAGGAGGAGCUUCAGGCUCUGAGGAGAACCACCGAGGACCAGCAGGCCUCGCUCCUGCUGUCUCAGCAGUCUCUGCAGGCUCAGCAGAGCGAGCUGGAACAGGCCCACGCUCGCCAUCAGCAAACCACACUCAACUACGACAGACUCCUCCACGCCAGAGAUGAGGAGAUAACCCACCUCAAGCAAACGGUCGAUCGGCUCAGUGAGGGCCAGGGCCGGGCCAACUCCCCGCCUGUGCAUGGGGAAGUCAUCCUGCAGGAGGACAAGACGGAGUCUCUGAACCAGGAGAAUGGCAAUGAGAAGCACGACCUGUCCAAGGUGGAGAUCGAGAAGCUGGUGAAGGGCAUCAAGGAGAGAGAGACUGAGAUCAGCCAGCUGAAUGAGAAGAACCUCUCGUUGACCAGACAGCUGGAUCAGCUGGUGGUUUCGAGGGACGAAGUGGACAAACUCUCUCAGAUUGUCCUGCAGAAAGAUCUCGAAAUCCAAGCGCUUCAUGCCAGACUCUCCAUGAGUGGAGGACACAGCCAGGACGUCCUGUACCUGCAGCAGCAGCUGCAGGCGUACGCGGUGGAGAGGGAGCAGAUGCUGGCUGUGCUCAACGAGAAGACCAGGGAGAACAGCCAGCUCCGCUCCGACUAUCACCGUCUCAUGGACAUCAUGGCGGGCAAAGAGGCCGCCCUGGUGAAGCUUCAGCAGGAGAAUCAGCGGCUCUCCAACAUGAGCGACCCCUCAGGAAGCCAGGAGAUGUUCAAGGAGACCAUCCAGAACCUGUCUCGCAUCAUCCGGGAGAAGGACAUAGAGAUCGACGCGCUGACUCAGAAGUGCCAAACCCUGGUGACGGUGCUGCAGUCCACAGGGGAAGAGUCCGGACCUGGCUCCGGAGGCGUGAGCAGCAACCAGUUCGAGGAGCUGCUGCAGGAGAGGGACACGCUGAAGCAGCAGGUGAAGAAGAUGGAGGAGUGGAAGCAGCAGGUGAUCACCACGGUGAAGAACAUGCAGCACGAGUCCGCCCAGCUGCAGGAGGAGCUGCUCAAGCUCCAGAGUCAGGUGACCGCCGACAGCGACUGCAGCUCCAAGCUGUCAGUGGACUACACCCGGCUGAUCCAGAGCUAUGAGCAGAAAGAGAAGAGGCUGGGCAGCCUGAGCCUGGAACUCGCCCAGGUUCAGCAGACCAUCACUCAGCUGAGCACCACCAAGGACGUCCUGCUGGGUAAACUGGACAGCGUAGCGCAGACUCCGCAAGCGGUAGCCGCUCAGAGCCGCGGCCCUCCUCUAACAGCAAACGCCCCGAGUCAGCAAAGUGCCUCAGCCUUGAACGACAUCAGGCUGCUGGAGGAGCUGGAACGACUGAGAGCGCUGCUGACGGAGAAAGAAAACACGGUCAGGACCCUCCAAGAAAACAACCACCGGCUGUCCAACUCGGCCUCCGCCUCCGAGAGCGAGCAGAGAAGCCAGGCCGAGGAGGCCCGGCAGGCCAGAGAGAGGCUGGAGUCCCUGCAGAGGUCCGUCAGGGAGAAAGACCUGCUCAUCAAAACCAAAGGAGACCAACUGACCCAUGUGAGCGAGGCGCUGCGCAACCGUGAGAAUGACAACGAGGUGCUGAAGCAGGCCGUGACCAACCUCAAAGAGCGCGCUCUGAUUCUGGAGCUGGACGUGAAGAAUCUGAAGGAGGAGAACGAGCUAGUGGCCGCGCGCUCCCGGGAGAAAGAGUCGGAGUUCCGGGCGCUGCAGGAGACCAACAUGCAGGUUUCCCUCCUGCUCAGAGAGAAGGAGUUUGAGCUGAGCGCAAUGAGCGAAAAGUCUGCCACGGUGGAGAGGAUGCUCAAAGACAAAGAGCAGGGUAAAUCUGGAGAGCUGAAUCAGCUCCUGAAUGAGCUGCAGUCGAUGCAGGAGAAAGCUGUGAUGUUCCAGCAUGAGAGGGAUCAGAUGAUGAUGGCUCUCAAGCAGAAACAAAUGGAGACCACCGCAGUACAGAAUGAGCUGCAGCAUAUGAGGGACAAAGAGCAGCGACUAAACCUGGAGCUGGAAAGGUUGCGCAAUCACCUGCUGGAGAUUGAGGAUUCCUACACGAGAGAGGCCCUCGCUGCCGAGGACAGGGAGACCGAGCUGCGACGGCGGGUGGCGCUGCUGGACGAGAAGGUGGCUACGUCCUCCAGCGCUGUGGAGAAUGCCAGCCAACAGGCCAGCAUGCAGGUGGAGUCUCUGCAGGAGCAGUUAAGCAGGGUGGUGAAGCAGAGGGACGACACUGUCGCCCAGCUCAGAACCUCUCAGGAGCAGGUCAACCAGUACGCAGUGUCCCUCUCCAACCUGCAGAUGGUGCUAGAGCAGUUCCAACAAGGCAAGUUGGCAAGCAGAGACGUGGCUUUGCCAGCCAUUUACAUGCUAUUAAAAGAGAAAGCCAUGUACUCGGCAGAGCUCGAAAAGCUCAAGAGGGAGAAGGAAGAGUGGAAGAGAAAAGCUCUUAUGCUGGAAAACCAAACAUCCGCUCUCCAGCUUAACUUGGACGAGGCCAACGCCGCGCUAGAUUCAGCAUCUCGGCUCACGGAUCAGAUUGAUCUGAAGGAGGAGCAAAUUGAAGAGCUGAAGAAACAAGUGGAGGUGAGGCAGGAGAUGUUGGAGGAGGCACAGAAGAAACUGAUGAACCUCCUGAACAGCACAGAGGGAAAGAUAGACAAAGUCCUGAUGCGUAACCUCUUCGUGGGGUACUUCCACACGCCUAAAGCCAAGCGUGCAGAUGUGCUGAGGCUCAUGGGAAGUGUGUUGGGACUGAGUCGAGAAGACGUGGAUCAGAUGCUGGAGGAGGACGGACGGCGCGGGGUCACAGGAUGGAUGUCCAGCUGGCUGGGCGGGAGAGGAGCACAAAGCGUCCCUAACACUCCGCAGAGGCCCAACAGCGGUCAAAGCCUGAACUCGUCUUUCUCAGAGAUGUUUGUCAAAUUCUUGGAGAUGGAGUCGACCCCCUCGCUGCCAGCGCCGAGGCUUCCAGUCCACGACAUCACGCCUCUGAGCGCCCCUCCCCCGGGCAGAGGCGGGGCUUCUGCCUCCGCUGCUGCAGGGGCUCCAGCAGGCAGCAGGCGGGCCGGAGAGUCCAGCCCUUUCCUGGCCCCUCGCUCCGCCGCCGUGCCGCUGCUGGCCGCUUCAGGCUCCGGCGGCUCCGGAGGCCACCUGCUGAUGAAGCCCAUCUCCAACGCGCUGCCCACCUUCACGCCAGUGCCCGUCUCAGCCGAGUCCAGCGGUGGAGCCGUGCUCAAAGACUUGCUGAAGCAGUGAGGAGCGUCGCGCCAAUUCCUCAACCCAUCCACCACGACCUGUCCAACACUACAAAGACUUAAGAAACCCACGCCCCGCUGCUCAUCACUGCUCGUUUUCAUUCAUCUCAUUCUCCUUUUCAAGAUCCGACAAUUCAUAAUGCGCCCAUUUCUGCCAUCUUUCCAAGGUUUUAGUCCGUUUCACUCCCAGAUACAGUUCUAUGCAACAGAGUCCCGCUUUACUCAUCACCGAAAAUGUUUCCAGCUCCACGUUAGUGCUGCGUCUUGACCCACGAACAGAAAAAUGAGCGGGGCAGGUGACUCAAAUUCGUCCUACCGGGGUUCCCAAACAUAAGUGACCUUGUAAACUGACCGUGCUCGGGUUCAAAGCGUGGGUCGGGUCGAACCGUCAGCUCCGUGUGCAGGAGGACACGAGUCGUUCUGCUUUUCUCUCGGCCGGCACCCAACGGCUUGUUUCCUCUUGUCCUCAGAGUGUUUUCUUGUUUUUGUUUUUUUUGUUUUUGUUUUUUUUCCCCCUUCCUCCUUCUCUACAAUUUAGUGAGCUUUUCUCUGAUCCAGGAGCUGCCUUAAAAAAAC